ACUCACAGAUCUCACGAACGCGGUCCCGCCUUUGUUGUCCCAUUGAGUAGCUCCCCCCCAGCCAGAGAUUCUGCGCAGGGAGGGAAGGAAGGAAGGAAGGAGAGAGAGAGAGAGAGAGAGAGAGAGAGAGAGAGAGAGAGAGAGAGAGAGAGAGAGAAGAAAGAGGAACAAAAGUAAACUGGAUUUAGAGCGUUCAUUCCUCUCUCCCUCGAAACACACAGGCAACAUCUUCUGCAGUUACGAUCUAGGAACAUUAUGGUGCAUUUUCAAGAGGUGAGCCUGGCAGCAGAGUUUUCAUCCAUGUUCACAGUUGAGUGCACCUGGCUGUAGAAAACAUUGCCAUGGAAACCAGCAGCGGAAGAGAACAGACAGCUGGAACAAAGCCUUUGUGUGGUGGCUGUGAAGAAUCAGCCAGAGGGUGCCAGGCCCAGGGGACGGAGGCAGACGGGACAUCUGAGCGCACUGAUGCUACUCCUCCUGAACUGCCACCCCCUGGGAAGCUGAAGAAAACAGCUUUUAAACUGUUUGGAGGGAGAAAGAGCAUUUGCACCUUACCCAGCUUCUUCGGGGGAAGAAACAAAGGCCAUGGGAAGGGGUCCUCUAAAAAGGGGAUAUGCAAGAGCAAGACUCAUGAUUGCAUCAGUGAGGUGAGCUGGGAGGACGGCAGAAGAACCGCUGACAUGCCAGCGGGAGACUUUGAAUACCGCGGACAGAAAUGUUCAUCUGUGAAGAUGCUGUCAGGCUCUCAAAGUGUGUACUCCAUAGCUGACACGAAUAAGAAAGCAGACGCACCUCUGUCAGCGAACUCUGAAUGCUACGAUCAGAAACUAAGUGCCGACAAGUCCUCGUCCUUCCCCAGGCCAAAGAAGGGACUAAAAGGUUUGUUCAGCAGCAUCAGACGCCACAAAAAGAAUAAAGGACUUUCUGUAGAGAUCCCUGCAGAUGCAGUGCCUAGAAGUCAGUCAAGUGACAGAAAAGCGGAGUCUGAACUUCAGGAUAGCUUUUCUGACAGCAAUGUGGCAGACACACUGAAUGAGAAAGACAAUUCGACUGAUACACCUGAAUGUAGCGAGGAUGCAAAUCUUUCAGAAGAAAGUUUAGUAGAAACUGAUGCAAAUAGUAAUAAAGCAUUACACAAAGAUAAGGUUCUCAAAGACUUGGAAGAGCUUGUGCAAGGGGAGACUGCAAAAGUAGAUUUCAGAGCUCAGACUGUUCUGUACUGUACAAAAGGAGACAUUUUGUGCACGCUAUCUGAGUUCAGCUGCGCCCCCGAUAUAAACCCAGACUACCUAGAUAACGAUCCACCUUCCGUUCAUUCUUCCGAGCAGAUCAGUUCAGUAUUUGGGGAUGUGGCUUCUCUGAAGAGCUUCGAUUCCCUCACUGGGUGCGGAGACAUAAUUGCGGACCGAGAUGACGACAGCAUUGCUGAAAGCACGGUGUCGGCUGAAAGAAGUCGCAACGCGGGCAAAAGAAGCUCCUGCUAUGUCACUUACCAAGGAGGCGGGGAAGAAAUGGCGACCCCUGAUGAGGUUGACGAGGAUUAUCUGCAAGGUUUGUGGGAAAAUGCAGCUGCAGCUGACGUGUGCUUUACCCCUGGUCAACAGCAGAUGCUCCUGGGCGAUGACAUGGACCUGCAGAUAUCUCCGGAUGGACCCGCCCUUCCUGGUCCAUGUGUGGAUGCUGCUAAUAAUCCCAAUGUUGUCCGAGCUGUUGCAGAUAACAGUCAUACCAGCGGAGACCUCCUGACCCCACAAAGUGACCAGCCUGAAUCUGCACCCAACAGUGACGAGGGUUAUUAUGAUUCCACCACUCCAGGCCCUGAUGAAGAUGGGGGUGAUAGCCUCAGCCGAAUCAGAAAGGAAAGGCUUCCAAGGGACAGCUACAGUGGGGAUGCACUCUAUGAGCUCUAUGAACCUGACGAUAGCCUCAUGAGCCCCCCUCUCGCAGAUGAACCCUCCUUUGAGACGCUGCCACCCACCCCAGACGCUUUGGAAUUUUUAGGAAUGGAUGUGGAUAAGAGUUUAUGUCCCAGUUUUUCCAACAAAGCUGGACUUAUGGAAGGGGUUAGACAAGUUCAGAUAGAGCAGAAGCUUAUGGGGUGGGAAGUUAAAAGCACAAAAAAGCACCCCAAAAAAGAGCAAGUCAUCUUGAGCAAGGAUAGAUUUUACGCAGAAAAAAGCACAGCUGAUUGUAAUUCUAAAAUGAACAAUAACACGCAUCAAGCUUGCCUUAAAGAGGAGCAGGUAACUUCACAGACUAGGAUAGGAAAAGGCUCAAAAGUAAAGCACAGAAAUAACCAGACACACCCCAGCAGUGGAGAACACCACACUAACCAAAAAACAAAUGCAAAGCUACUUCCUGAUUUGGAUGGCGUUGAUGUUGUGUGCAGCACAAAGAACUCCCAUCGAUCAAAAGUCCCAGUUCCACUUGAUGAAUUACUGCAGGGAAAUGGAAGAUGCACCCAGUCUGAAAAGAGAGAGAGAAAAACUGAUACUGGUAAAAUGAAGACUGAUGAAGCCCUUGAAUAUGAUCAGACUGUCUGCUUCUCCCAGGCCUUAGUGGACUUUACUAACAAUACUGCGUUCUUAAACAACCUUUCCGAAAGUAUUGGCAGCUCUGAUUCUGGUUCUUCCUUUACACACAAUAUGCAGGCCCUUCCAGCAAUGGUGACUUUCGAUGUGGUAGACAUGGAAAACGAAGGGGAAUGUGAUGGUCAGAUUGAAAUGGACACAGAUGAAGACAUGUCGUCGCCGUAUGAGGCAUACGAUGAGAGCUACUUGCAAAAAGAUGCUUUUGCUGAGUGUGACGAGAGGAUGUUUGAACUGUACGAUCAGAAUCCUUUUCUCGGCAACAGCUGGGGGGUUGCCAGUCUUCCACGGCAUCUUAAUUUCAGUAAAAUGAGCCCAGCAAUGCCGGCCCCAUUGUCUCUAAACAGGAGGAGCAGAUCACUAGACACUGACAGCUUGGAAUUCGAACUGGCUGACAUGUAUCUGUCAAAGGUUAUCCCUCAGCUUCCCCAAGUCUCCAGAUCUGAAUGGGAUUCCAAGAAGGCUUCCACUCUCCAUUGGCCCUCAGAUUGGGAAAGGAAGGGGCGAUCAGCCAGCUCAGAAUGGAGGGAGGUUGCUGACAUUCCUAAUUGGCCCUGGCAACAGGAGGCUACGUGCAAUUUCGCCCUUCCUUUGAUAGAUGGAAAAAAAUUAGGACGGGUCCAGAGUUGUAGUCCUUUGGGAAUGGGAAGGGCCAUACAACAUGAAAUCCAGAGGGAUAGAUUGGAUUUGCAGGUUGAGGGUGGUUCUCCUAAUCGGAGGCUUCAGCCUCAGACUUCAAGGUUUACUUGUGAUACUGGGGCUGGUAAUCCAAUACAGAGCUCCAGGCAGAUGGCCAGACCAUCCCAUCUCCCCUUACAAUCUGAUGAGUGCCGGCCUCAAACUGGAUCAAACUCAUUGGGGACUUCCAGAGACAGCUCUGGGAAGGUGCUUGCUCUUGUUUCUCCUUUAGAUGAAAGAAAUGAGGCGUAUUUCUCUAAGAUUUCCUCUGCAGGUCAGUACUCUGAUUCUUCCCACCAGCAAAUGAAGUGCAAACCCAUAGGUGUCACCCAAGGAAUGCCUCAUUUUCACUCUGAAAACCCAGACACUUUAAAACCAGAACUCUGUGUUGGACAGUGUGAGACUUCCAGCAAAGGGCGAAGCGAACAUGAAAUGACCUGUUGAGUGGAAUAAACACACUGCACUGGAUUUGUAGCCUUUAUAAAUGAUGGUGGGGGGGGGGGGGG